AUGACCGUCAACGACCGCCGCCAUUUUCGCACGUAUAGCCAAAUGCCAGAAAAAGGUGAGAAUCCGAACAGGGAAGGUGAUGCAGAGCACCGCCACAGCAGCGAUAUCACACUAACCAGAAAGACGGUAGAGGUCCCCCACGCAAGUCUGCAGAAGUUGGGGUGCACUCAGGAAGUAGACCACGUACCGGUUGACCACUCCCCAACGUUGCCGAUGUCACUGCCCGUCCUGUGCGUAACUUGUCCAUUUCUCGUCUCCGGGAGGAUGAGCGGCCCCUUGUCAAUCACCAGAAAUUUCUCAAAGAGCAGAGCCGUUGGGGCGUUCCCAAACACGGCAGCGGCGCGGAGGCUCCUGGGACCGUUCUUGAGGGGCGGCGCAGCGCAGGACUUCGCUCAGAAGAAGUAUGCCGAGAACGGGACCCAACCCACUUCACCAGGAGGCAUUCACGUUCUCUAUGGACGUGGCGCGUUGCCCCAGCAGCAAAAGCAGUACGACGGUGCAGAUACCCGCAAUCGGUUUGUUGGGGAUUUGCACCCACAUGGAAGACUUUUGCGCUUAGGCAGGCGACCACAGAAAAGUUGGGGCCACAGUUACCGGCGCUCCCCCCGCAUUCGCCUCCCGCAACUCGAUUUUAUUUCACUUUACCGCGUGAAAAACGGUCGCGACGAGGCGGGCAAAGCAGACGUUCUCCGUGAACCACGCCGUCGUGCGCGCGCGGCGCCACACCACGUGCGGGCAGCCAGUGCGUCGGUGGAAACUCCCAUGGGACUCCGGUCGGCAAUGGGGCGGUGCACCCGCCCCAGUGCAGGCUUCCCGGCGGCGACGGCUCCCCGCGACACCGCGCCUUCUCGCGCAGGAAGUGGCCCCACGCGUGUCGUCGGCGCGUCUUAA